AUGGAGAAAGAUAAAGAUAAAGUAAUUGUAGCGAAGCCAAAACGAGAGGCAGGAGCGUUCUUAAAAGAUUUCCUGGCGGGCGGUAUAUCAGCCGCCGUGUCAAAGACCGCAGUAGCUCCAAUCGAACGAGUGAAGAUUCUAUUACAGGUGCAAGAUGUAAAUAAACAAGUCAAAAAGGAUAAGAAAUACAAAGGUAUCAUCGACGUUUUAGUACGUGUACCUAAGGAACAGGGAUUCUUCUCACUAUGGCGAGGCAACUUAGCAAAUGUUAUCCGGUACUUCCCGACACAAGCUCUAAACUUCGCCUUUAAGGACAAAUACAAAAGUAUGUUCCUUGGCGGUAUUGAUAAACACAAGCAGUUCUGGAAAUACUUCGCUGGCAAUCUAGCAGCUGGCGGAGCUGCCGGUGCAACUUCUAUGUGUUUCGUGUACCCUCUGGAUUUCGCACGAACCAGGUUAGCUGCUGAUAUCGGCAGAGGCAAAAACAAGCAGUUCCAUGGACUGAUCGACUGUCUAACGAAGACUAUAAAGACAGACGGACCGUUGGGCUGGUACCGAGGCUUCGUGGUAUCGGUACAGGGUAUCAUCAUCUACCGCGCGACCUAUUUCGGUUUAUUUGACACUGCGAAGGCUUUUUUUCCUGACCCACACAACACUUCACUAUUUUUUACUUGGGUCAUUGCUCAGUCGGUGACGACAUUCGCGGGUAUCUGCUCGUACCCGCUGGACACGGUGCGGCGGCGAAUGAUGAUGCAGUCGGGAGUGCCUCCCGAACAGCGGCAGUACAAGAGUACGGCGCAUUGCUGGGCGGUCAUUUUAAAAAAUGAAGGUGGUCGUGCCUUUUUCAAAGGAGCCUUCUCCAACGUGCUAAGAGGCACAGGUGGAGCCUUCGUGCUUGUGUUGUAUGAUGAAAUCAAGAAAUUCCUAUGA